AUGACGUUAGCUUCAAAAAGACGUGAAUUGAGAGCUUCCUUAAGGGAACAAAUUAGACAACCUGGAAACGACGACGAAGAGGCUAUCAAUCAACAAAUUGACGACGAGCUUAAUAAGCAAUUACAUCAAGAUGCAAAUACUCAUGGCGCAACUACCAAUCAUGAACUGGAUGCUACCAAAAUCAAAUUAGAAUAUGAUGAACAAGAUGAUGAUGAUGAUGGACGUCAACAUAAUGCCGAUGGUGGUGAUAUCGAUGAUGGCGACGAUAGUGAUAGGGAUGGCGAUUUUGCCCCUGGUGCUGAAGAAGACAAUGAGGAGGAAGAGUAUUAUGAAGUUGGCGAUGAUGAGUAUGAUGGCACAUCGGGGAAACGUGGUAGAAGAGCUAGCAACCACACCAACAAGAGAGCCAAACCCGAAGGCGAAUUGGAAGUUAGCCCUGGUGGGGUACGUCCUCAAACAAGAACUAUUUUCAAAGACAUUGAUAAUCCAAACUCUUUGAAUUGUGAAAUUUGCAAUCAAGAAUUCAGAAACGUUAUUGACAAGAGAAACCACAGAAGAACCCAUUCCCAGCCUAAAAAGUAUGAAUGUGCUACAUGUGGUAAAAGAUUUAGUCAAAAGGCUAAUUUGACUAUACAUGAAACUCAUGUUCAUCAUGAUUUAGUUGUUGAUGAAGCUUUGAAAGAUGCUGCUGCUGCCGCCGCCGCUGCUGCGGCUAUUGUUGCGCACGCAGAGAAUGCGUCAUCUAAUGCUGACAACUCCGGUCAUAAUCAAGAUUUCGAUGAAGAGGCUAAUGCUGAUCACAGACAUUUGUUGCAACACCACCACCACCAACAACAACAACAACAGCAGCUUGAUUUGGCACAGCAACAUGCUCGUCAACAACAAGAGCAGUUACAGCAGUUGGCGCAACAUCGUCACCAACAACAACACCAACAAAAUCACCAGUUUGAAUCACAUGUGGUUGAUGAUAAUGUCAAUGUCUUUGCUGGCGGUAGUGACCCAACAAGACAACCACCACAUGUUGAUUUGAAAGACGUUCGAGUACACCAUUGCAAUGCAUUUAAAUGUGGUAAAGGAUUUAUUUCCUACGAAAAGUUGAUGGAACAUAUCGAAAAUGAACACCAAGGCAGAACUGGUGAACAGAAUAGUGGAGCUCCUAUUUUCGAUCCAAAUGAUCCUAACGGAGCAGCACAAGCUGCCGUACUAGCAGCUGCUACUGCAAAUGCUCACGCCCAUGGUCAUGUUCAGCACCCGGAACAUCAAUCAUCAGCAACAACACCAACACCAACACCAACACCGGCAACAUCAAGAGUUGUACCUCGUGCUGGACCAAGAAGAAAACGCGAUCCUGCAUUACAACAAGCUAAAACCCACCAAUGUACAUAUGAAGGAUGCAACAAGGCGUUUGCCAAAGUUUCCGAUUUAACCAGACACAUUAGAAUCCAUACUGGUGAACGUCCGUACGUUUGUCAACAUUGUGGAGCCUCAUUCAACCAAAGGUAUAGACUAACUACACAUGUGAGAAUCCAUACUGGUGAAAAGCCCUUUAGUUGUAAAUAUUGUGGAAAGACUUUUGCCAGAGGUGAUGCGGUGCAAUCACACAUUUUUUCGAUACACAGAGCAAAAGGUGAAGCUUUUUGA